AUGGCUGCUGUGCAGAAGAUAGAGGAAUACAGCGUGACGCACCUACGCGAGCUGGCGCAGCGCACCGAGUCGCGCAAGGAGGAUCGUCGCGCGCUGACCGUACGCAAGGCCCGCGAAGAUGUGGGCCGCUAUUACCACGUCGAGUCUAUCAUUGGCGAGGGCGGCUAUGGUGUCGUGUUCUCGGCCGUGCACCGGAACACGGGCUUGCGCGUCGCGGUGAAGCGCGUCGCUCCGUUCGAGCACCAUUUGCUCGCAGUGCGCACGCUACGAGAGCUCCGCCUGCUCAAGUUCUUUCACGACAACGAUGCGUGUGAUAAUGUGAUCCGACUCGUCGACGUGGUGAUCCCCGGGGACCGCGCGACGUACCAGGACGUGUACCUCGUGCAGGAGAUGAUGGACACGGACCUGUACCGCGUCCUGCGCACGCAGGCACUGAGCUUCGACCACUCGCAGUAUUUUACGUACCAGAUCCUGCGCGGCCUCAAGCCGAUCCACAGUGCAGGUGUCGUGCACCGCGACAUCAAGCCGAGCAACUUGCUGGUCAAUGCAAAUUGCGACCUAAAGAUCUGUGACUUUGGCCUUGCGCGUGACCUCACGGUGCGGCCGCCCGGCUCCUCAGACAUGCAGCUCACCGAGUAUGUCGCCACGCGCUGGUAUCGUGCGCCUGAGAUCAUGCUGUCGAGCCGCACGUACACCAAGGCAGUGGACGUGUGGUCCGUGGGGUGCACUCUGUACGAGAUGCUUGCCGGGCAGCCGCUCUUUCCGGGCAAGGACUAUCAUCACCAAAUGACACUCAUCCUGAGCGUCCUCGGCACCGACUCAGUCGACUCGAUGGCCUGCCUGUGCGCAGAGAGAGCGAUUGACUACGUGCAUAGCCUCCCCCACUUUCCCAAGAAGCCUUUCCGCUCGCUUUUACCGAACGCGCACCCCGACGUGAUUGACUUUCUUGAGCAUACAGUGUGCAUGGACCCACGCCAGCGCAUGUCGGUAGAGGAGUGCCUGCGACACCCAUUCGUGGCGCCAUACCACGAUCCUCACGACGAGCCCGCGGCGCCCACGCUCGACCCAUGCGUCAUCUGCUUCGACACCAAAGACCCAGCGAGUAUCGAUGCCCAUCGCCACGCGCUCUGGGACGACGCUCAGCUGUACCGCUUGCCUGCUUGUCGUGUGUAG